AUGCUUCCCUCCGCCCUGCUCCGCCGCGCGGGCUUGGGCCGCCUCGUGCGCCAGGCGCGCGCCUUCGCUGAGGCUGCCGCCGCCCCGGCUCCCGCCGCCGGCCCGGGUCAGAUGUCCUUCACCUUCGCCUCCCCGACGCAGGUGUUCUUCAAUGGUGCCAACGUCCGGCAGGUGGACGUGCCCACGCUGACUGGAGCCUUUGGCAUUCUGGCAGCCCAUGUGCCCACUCUGCAGGUCCUACGGCCAGGGCUGGUCGUGGUUCACGCAGAAGAUGGCAGCACUACUAAAUACUUUGUGAGCAGCGGUUCUAUCACAGUUAAUGCAGACUCCUCAGUGCAGUUACUGGCAGAAGAAGCUGUGACACUGGACAUGUUGGACCUGGGGGCCGCCAGGGCCAACUUGGAGAAGGCCCAGUCGGAGCUGUCAGGGGCAGCAGAUGAGGCCACUCGGGCAGAGAUCCAGAUCCGAAUCGAGGCCAAUGAGGCCCUGGUGAAAGCCCUGGAAUAGGCGGUGCAUGCCCUUCACCAGCAGGGAAUUUGAGGUCCUGGUCAUUCGCUUGCUGAGACCACCAGGGGGUAGUGGUGCUGGCUCUGCCCAGGCUCUCAGGCCUGCCCCUCAGGUUAUACCUGGGGCCACUACAGCCCUCAGCAGCUUUGGCAGGCCUGAUGUGGGGUCUGUAACCCUGUAGGCUCUUCUUGCCAAGUCCCCCCAUCCUAAUGGGCCAACGACUCACCACCCCUGCCCCUGCAGAGCCUGAGACAUUGAUGCUCCCCAGCCCCUGCCCACAUUAAAGGCCAGGAAGCCUGA